AUGAGUUCCCCAUUCCAAGUCACUGAACAUGUUAUCGAUGGACAAUACAUUCGGGAGUAUCCACGGGCCACAGCCGCCCCUGAUAGCCUCUUGAAGCUUUGUAUCAAACAAUAUAUGCCAAUUGACAACCCUAAUCCUCAGCCGGGAGAUGUCACUAUCGUAGCUACGCAUGGUACUGGGUUUCCCAAGGAAUUAUAUGAGCCUCUCUGGGAAGAGCUCCUAGCCCGCUCAAAACAAGAUGGAGUUCGCAUUCGCUCGAUUUGGAUAGCGGAUGCCGCCAACCAGGGUGCCAGUGGGAUUUUGAAUGAAAAUAAUCUCGGAAAUGACCCGUCCUGGUAUGAUCACAGCCGUGAUGUGAUUCAGAUGAUCAACCAUUUCCGCGACCAAAUGCCCAGGCCUAUUAUCGGUGUUGGCCAUAGUCUGGGUGCGACACAGCUGCUAUUUGCAUCUCUAUUCCACCCCCGGCUCUUUACUUCACUGAUUCUAAUCGAGCCACAUAUGACCGACAACCCCCUGGCAGGCGAUGGCCCCCUAUUCGUAGCCAUGUCAACAGGCAAGCGCGAUGUCUGGCCAUCCCGAGAAGUCGCCGCUGAAAAGGCUCGCAAGCUUCUCAAAACGUGGGACCCGCGCGUCUUCGAACUGUGGAAAAAGUUCGGAUACCGCGACCUACCAACGGCAAUGCACCCACAAGAUCCCACGGAUGGGACUCGUCCUGUGACAUUGACGACCACAAAACACCAAGAAACGAUAAUGUACACCCGGCCAAACGUCAAGCGCCAUACUCAUCUUGGAGUUCCCAAUAGCCAGGCUCACACAGACCCCAAAUCCAGCGGAAUCAGCCCGCCACACGACCCAAUCCUCGUGCCUGACAUGUUAGGUCCUUUGCUACCAGAUCAAAAAUCCUACCGCCCAGAGCCGAUUCUGGCAUAUAAGUUGGUGCCGCAUAUUCGACCUUCGGUGCUCUAUGUGAGUGCUUCGCAUAGUCCGCUCGGCAAAGGAGGCGAGCAUGCAGAAGCCGCACAGCGAACAGGGACUGGAUUCGGCGGAAGCGGUGGUAUGGAGUCCGGGCGUGUGGAAUAUGUGGUUGUUCAAAAGGCUGGGCACACUCUGCCGCAAGAAAAAGUGGCGGAAACUGCGCGGGUAUUGGGUCCGUGGAUCAAGCAAGAGCUUCAACGUUGGCAGCAGGAUGAGACUCGGGUUUAUGCGGGCUGGACGGAACGCCCUACGAGUGAGAAGUCUGGCUUCCCAGCAGAAUGGAAAGAAGUCAUUAAAAGUCUGCCUCUUCCAAAGAGACAGGCCAAGAUAUAG